UUGCGAGAGUCGGAGAAAUGCCCGGACCAAGACCCGGGUAUCCACGGAGGAGCGCAUCCCCUAUACCGAGAGAGAGAAUACAACCGCCCUGCUGCCUCCCUCCCUCCCUCUUCCCCCAAAAUGCCAACUUAUCUGUCCGUGCUGGCUGUCUGUACGUACGUAGUGCUAUUCUGUGCUCAUGUCAUGGCACGAUCAAUGGUGGAGUUCACCCUCACAAAAACGGCAUAUUUGGCAAUGUUCUACACCACCGAGGUCUCUUCUCUACUUGUGUAACGCAACUGCUCCAGUUGUUUUUUGCAUUAUAAAAGUUACUUAAUUCUCGCCCUAAAAAAAGAAGUUGUGAGCAGAAGAGGCAGAGAGAGGAAUCAGCGAGGACGAAGAUAUUCGCACUAGCUCGUGACACUUUUUUGCGAAUCUGUUUCUGUUUGGGGAGAAAUUUGCAGUGGUGCUUGGAAGGAGAGGAAGAAGGGUUGUUAUUAAGUACGGUGACCAUCAGGAGGAGAUAAUCAAUCAGGGGGCGAAGGUGCUAAUUGGGAAGGAAACGAAGGAAAAUUCCGUACUUUUUUGGAAGUGAAUUGAUAAUUUCUUUGAGUCGGUGUCACAUUUUGGAAAUAUUUUUUUCGAAAUCGAGAAAAUCUCAAUUUCCCGAAAAAUAAUAACAUAUCAGAUCAGUGGAGCGUGGGAGGAGAGGAAUCUUCACGGCAACUAAAAGCCACACUGACGAGUUAUCACCUUGACCUUUGACCCGACCUCAAAAUGACGUUACCACAACAAACUAGUCAGCAACAAAGCCAACACUUUCUCCUAAAAUGGAACAACCACCGGUCAAACAUGGUCAACGUGUUUGAGUCGCUUCUCACAGCGGAGAAUUUGGUCGAUGUGACGAUCGCGGUAGAGGGGAAAUUUCUCAAGGCGCAUAAAAUCGUCCUUUCCGCGUGCUCUCCAUAUUUUCAGGCCAUGUUUGUCAAUCACUCGCCCUCCGAUCGUUACCCAAUCUUGCUCUUCCACGAUAUAAAGUUCGCCCAUUUGAAAACCCUGCUCGAUUUCAUGUACCGUGGCGAGAUUUCGAUAGAUGAAAAGGAUUUGGGCGACGUGCUCAAAGUGGCGGAAGCCCUAUCGAUCCGAGGUCUCUCCAGUUUCGAGUCGGACGAUGAGGAAGGCGACGCAAAACCGGAAGGAGGAGGUGGUGGUGGUCAACAGCAGCAACAACCGGGCCAACAGGGAGGUUCGUCAUCUUCAGGAAAUAAUGGGACAGAAAACAGUGUAACAAACUCAUCACAAGAAUUUGACGGUGGGGGUGGCAAGAACAAUGCUUCAUCCCCCAUCAGUAAUCCUCCCCCUCCUCCGUCUGAUAUUAACAACGCGGCGACGCCGUCAAAUUCUUCGCCCACGAGUCACAAAUCCAAUCGCAAACAGAAAGGUACAAAAACUAAAAACAAACUCGUCACAUCGAAACGUCACCACCACCAUCACCACGAAAGUCCUGCUGGUGGAUCCUGUGACGCUUCCACGAUGGCGAAAAUGACCAUUGGUGGUGGUGCCAAAGAGAAAGGUGUCAAGGGUCCAAGGAUCAAAUGUGAGACUGAGACUUCCCAAACCACCCAAGCAGCCCAAACGGUUCUUGCGACUAUGGAGGCGGCUGCGGGCGUCGUCUUGCCCGUUAAGAAGAAGCGAGGGAGGGCCAAAAAGGUCGUUGUAGAUGCCAUUCCGACCACAAAACUGACUCCGAGGCCGACCACGACCCCACAUACGUACGCCGCCAGCACAAAGUCGCCUUCUUCAAAAUUCCACCCGAUUCCGUUAGCGGGGUCGAAAGCAUCCAUACUUCCACCACGACAUUCUGUUCGGAGACGAAUCCCUCGUCGCUAUCCGGGACUGCAGACGCGUCUCAAACGGGUCAAAUUAUCCAAGCAAGACUACGCCAAUGACGAGGACAGGGCUGCCGCUGCCAACAAUGGAAAUGCCGGGCCCAACCAGUACGAAGAGAUGGAUGAUGCUUUACUACAACAAAUGUUGGAGGGAGAGGAAAGCCAAUGUUUGAACGAGAUGAGCGUCAGGGGUUUAGACUUGUUCAAAUAUGCUUCCGUGGAGGAUAAUGUGUAUCGUUGUAUUGAGUGCGAAAAGUUGCGAAUUCCAAAAACUUUCAAAAACAAGUAUUCAUUUCAGAGGCAUGCGUUUCUCUAUCAUGAAGGGAACAUGAGAAAGGUAUUCCCGUGUCCCGUUUGUUCUCGUGAAUUUUCACGUCCCGACAAAAUGAAGAACCACAUGCGGAGCGUGCACGAGGGUUGCGUCACCGGAAAUGGGAAGGAAUCCAAGACCGAAAACGGUUCUACCUCAUCGUCCGCGAAGGACGUUUCGACAAAGAUGGAGCUCGACGAUGACGAAGAAGAUGGCACCCUCAACCAGAAUGAUGAGAGUAGCUGUGAUUCCUAAAAAAAAUUCUAAAAUUCUGGUAAAAAAAUACUACGCAAAAAUGCAAAAAAAAACUUGGAGAUUUUUGCCACAUGAAAGAAUCAAUUAUGGAAAAAAAGGUGUCAGAAACUGUUAACUAAUCAAUCAUUGAAAAUAAUCGUAAUUAGUUAUUGAUCUUUAAUCAUGAAUCAUUAAUUAGGUUGUAAUGAGUGAUUAUAAACCCACUUUCCGUUGUUCCUAUAAUUUUCAUGACUUAUUGUCCUAUUUGUAACAAUUAUAUGUCGUUAAUUAAUGGUCUGUUAUAGUGUUCAUAAUCAUCAAUCAAAGAUAUCCUCACUAAUCAUUCGUGGUGCUCUAGUCAGUCAACCAAAACAGAAAAAUAGUCAAUUUAGCUUUAGUUAAUUAAGGUGCAGUCAGUUUUAAUUGUUAAUUAUUUGUAAAUUUUUAACGCUUAAUAAGUAUCGUCACCACCACCACCGUAAGGUUAUAAUUUAUAACUAGAUAUUUGUUCACCCUCGUUUUUUCGCGUUAAUUGUUAAGUGUUAACUAACUAAUUAACUAACAAGAUAAUUAAGUAAUUAUUUUUUCACUACGAUUACUACUACCAAUGAAUUUAUGCAAAUGACUAAAAGGUGAAAUGAAACAAAACAAUGCAAAAAAUACGAAGAUAUAAUUUUUCGCACUAAAAAAUCAUGACUCGUGUGACUAAAUCCUACCAAAUUGAUAAGGUAUUUAUAAAAAAAAUACUUCGUAGAUAAUUAAUUAGUGCAUUUUAAUUAAUUAAUUAACCUAAUUAAUUACCUAAAUGUGCAACAAUUUACAAACCAAAGAAAAGAGAGAAAACUACAAAUGCAAUCAUGGAUAUCAUUACACAAUCGAAAUGCAAGAAAAGUACAUUUAAAUAAUGUAAACCGUAAUCAAAGAAAAAAAGCAUGUUCAAAAUUUUUAGGAAUGAAUAAAAACAUUGUUUUCUAAAUUGAUAA